AUGGCCGACCUCAAGUCGCUGUCGGGGGACGCGUACCUGGCGCUGAGCCGCGGCUACACGGCGGCGGGCCUGGCCUACGGGGCGGCCCAGGGGCCCGAGGCGGCCCGCGCCUACUGCGCGCCGGGCCCGGCCGGCGACCUCCCCGCGGCGCCCGCGCCGCGCGCCCCGGCCGAGAGCAGCGGCGAGCAGAGCGGCGACGACGACGCCUUCGAGCGGCGGCGGCGGCGGCGCGGGCCCGGGGGCGCGGCGGACGCGCGGCGGCGGCCCCGGGAGCCGCGCUCGCUGCGGCUCAGCAUCAACGCGCGCGAGCGGCGCCGCAUGCACGACCUCAACGACGCGCUGGACGGGCUGCGGGCCGUGAUCCCCUACGCGCACAGCCCGUCGGUGCGCAAGCUGUCCAAGAUCGCCACGCUGCUGCUGGCCAAGAACUACAUCCUCAUGCAGGCGCAGGCGCUGGACGAGAUGCGGCGCCUGGUGGCCUACCUCAACCAGGGCCAGGGCCUGGCCGCGCCCUUGGCGCCCUUCGGCCAGGCCGCCGCCGGGUACCCGUUCUCUGCGGGCGCCGCGCUGGGGCCCUGCCCCGACAAGUGCUCCGCUUUCUCCGGGGCGCCCUCGGCGCUCUGCAAACACUGCGCCCAGAAGCCGUGA